AUGGCAACGCACCGCUUCGAUCCCAAUUUCACCGACCAUGUCGUCGGCGCCAUGGGUCCCAAGACGUCGCCGCGGCUGCGACAGCUGAUGACUGGCCUCAUCCGGCAUGUACACGACUUUGCGCGCGAGAACGAGUUGACGGUCGACGAGUGGAUGGCCGGCGUGAAAAUGCUCAACUGGGCCGGGCAGAUGAGCGACGAUAAGCGGAAUGAGGGCCAGCUGGUGUGCGAUGUGAUCGGACUGGAGUCCCUCGUCGACGAAAUCACCUUCACCCUCGCGGACGAAGCCAAAGACGCGCCCACGGCCACGGCCAUCCUGGGCCCGUUCUUCCGCGCCGACACACCGUACCGCCAGAACGGCGAUGAUAUCGUCAAGACAAAGCCUGCUGACGGCGAGAUGGCGUUUAUGCACGGCCGCGUGAUCGACUUCACGACUAAGCACCCCCUGGUGGGCGCUACAGUCGAAGUGUGGCAGGCAUCGACGAAUGGGCUGUAUGAGCAGCAGGAUCCCGCGCAGGUCGAGUUCAAUCUUCGUGGCAAGUUUAAGACGGAUCAGGAUGGCCGCUAUUACUUUUAUUGUUUGCGGCCUACGCCGUAUCCUGUUCCUGAUGACGGUCCUGGUGGUAAACUCCUGGAGCUUAUGGACCGUCAUCCAUUCCGACCUGCGCACAUCCAUAUUAUUGCUACCUAUGAUGGCUACCGCCCUCUGACAACACAAAUCUUUGAUCGCAAAGACCAAUAUCUGACCAAUGACUCCGUUUUUGCCGUUAAGGACUCGCUAGUUGUAGAUUUCUUGCCACGCAAGGACGACCCUCAAGCUGGGCUUGAGCUCAAUUACGACAUCAAGCUGGUUGCAAGUGAAUCAGCCACGAACGGCACAUGA